AUGGUUCUCGUAGAACUGCACAGCGUUAUCGACCUCUACGGCGCCCUUCUGGCAUUCCAGCUGAAGGCAGCCCGACCCACUUGUCCCCUUCGGCAAGCGGGAGUGAGAUGCCAGCACGCCGCGCAGCUAGCCCAAAAGCUGGGCUUCAAUGCCACCAAGAAGACAGAGGACACACAGAGGGCAAAGCAUCCCGCUACGCUCAGCGUGGAGAAUGCAAUAAUACAUCAUGACCAAGCCGUGAUCCUCGACAAGCUCGAUACUAUCGAGCAGCUAAAUCAGACAGCUAUCAUGGACAAGCUCAACGCCGUCAUGGUAAAGCUCGACACCAUCGAACGGCUGCAGCUGAUUGCGUGA